AAGUGUACAGGGCUUUAACGUAACUGAGGAGGUCUCUCUCUCUCUCUCUCUCCCUCUGUGGAAUUAAAAAAAAAGACAAAGUAAGAGGCGACCGAAAAUAUUCACGGUCGGAAAGGCCCGUUCGGCGACACGUACCAUCAACUUGAAUACCUUUACCGGGGACUUGACUGCUUUCGGACGCAGUAUCCGAAGCGACUGACUUGAACUGUGGAAGUUGGGAUACGUCCACACAGCGGAAAAUAUACAGCUGAGCCUGCGCUACAACUGCUAGCCACACGCUAAGCGGCGCAGCUAGCCACAAAGCUAACUGUAACUGAGCUGUGAACUUGCUUUUCAAAUCACGGGGGUUGCAAUUCAGUCACAAGCUCAGGCUCUGUGAGAAUCCAGGGAUUUGCUUAAUGAAUUAUGUCUGCCACAAGCAUUGACCCUCAGAGAUCAAAGGGACAAGCAUCUAAAGUGCAAAAUGGUUCACUGCAUCAGAAGGACACUGUCCAUGACAAUGACUUUGAGCCAUACCUCACUAGUCAAUCAACUCAGAACAACAGUUACCAGUCCAUCACCGACCCUUACUUGCCAAGCUACUACGCUCCUUCCAUUGGAUUUCCAUACCCCCUAAGUGAGGCUCCCUGGUCCACAGGUGGUGACCCCCCUAUUCCAUACCUCACCCCAUAUGGACCCUUGAGUAAUGGAGACCAUCACUUCAUGCCGGACACAGUGUUUGGCCAGCCAGGGGGCCUGGGAAGCAGUAUCUAUCCCCACAGGUUUAACUUUUUCCCUGAAAACCCUGCCUUCUCUGCUUGGGGGACGAGUGGCUCCCAGGGCCAGCAGACUCAAAGUUCAGCCUAUGGUGGCAGCUAUAGCUAUCCUCCCAGCUCCCUGGGGGGCACUCUGGUGCCUGAUGGUCAGACAGGGUUUCACAGUGACACCCUGAACAAAGCCCCUGGUAUGAACAGCCUGGAGCAGGGUAUGGUUGGCUUGAAGAUCGGUGGGGAUGUCACUGGUCAGGGGUCAGCAGUAAAGGCUGUAGGAUCUGUGAUUGGUGGACCUGCAGUGGCAGCCACAGGAAACGGAGCAACGCCGAUUGGAAUGCCCCCACCUAAACCCACCUCUUGGGCGGCCAUUGCCAGCAAGCCUGCCAAACCACAGCAGCUAAAAGCUAAGGUGAAGCCAGGGAUGCCCAACCCAGGGGGAGCUCUUCCCCCACCACCCAUCAAACACAACAUGAACAUUGGGACCUGGGAAAAGGGCCCAGUGACUAAAGUAGCCACAGCUCCACUGCAGCAACAGCAGCAGCCUCUUGGCCUGCCUCAUGCCAUGCCACCUCAACCCCCCAUGCAGCAAGGACCCAUGCAGCCCCCUCCUCCUCAGUCUUUGGUGCAACCCCAGAUGCCACCUAUGGCCUUACAGCCCCAGCCCCCCCAUCACCACCAGCCACCACCCCAGCCCUACCAAAACCACACCCAGCCCCCACAACCCCAGACCCGCUGGAUUGCUCCACGCAACCGUAACCAAGGUUAUGGCCAGGGUGGACCUGGCCAUGAUGGUAGUGGUGUGAUGGGUGUGGUUGGUAGUGGGAACAAUGGUCCCCAAGCAUCUUCCAGCCAAGGACCUUGUGGAGAGUCGCACCCAGUGCUGGAGAAGCUGCGGGCCUCCCAUAGCUACAACCCCAAGGACUUUGAUUGGAACCUGAAGAAUGGCCGUGUUUUCAUCAUUAAGAGCUACUCUGAGGAUGAUAUUCAUCGCUCCAUCAAGUACUCCAUCUGGUGCAGCACUGAGCAUGGCAACAAGCGGCUGGACUCAGCCUUCCGGGCCAUGAAUGGUAAAGGUCCUGUAUACCUCCUGUUCAGUGUCAAUGGCAGUGGUCAUUUCUGUGGUGUGGCAGAGAUGCGUUCACCAGUGGACUAUGGGACCAGUGCUGGUGUUUGGGCACAGGACAAGUGGAAAGGCAAGUUUGAUGUGGACUGGUUGUUUGUUAAGGAUGUGCCUAAUAGCCAGCUGCGCCACAUCCGCUUGGAGAACAACGACAACAAGCCAGUGACCAACUCCCGUGAUACCCAGGAGGUACCCCUGGAAAAGGCCAAGCAGGUGCUCAAAAUCAUUGCCACCUACAAACACACAACCUCCAUCUUUGAUGACUUCUCCCAUUAUGAGAAGAGACAGGAAGAAGAGGAAGAGGUGCGCAAGACUUUUGAACCUGCUCAGAUACAGAACCGCUCCCGGUUGGAUCAGGAGCGCCAGAACAGGAAUAAACAAUAGAAGACAUCUAUCCUUGGCUUGAUCAACAGUUACACUAGGACUUGAUUUAAAAAAGACAGAAGAUUAUGAAAAUGCAAGCAAACCCUUCUUUUUUUUUAUUUUUUUUUUAUUAAUUUAAUCCUGGUGAAUCUGCCAUCAUUGACACUUGUGCUUUUUUUUUUUUUU